UAGUGGAGCUAAAAGGGAAAACAUAUUUAAGACCCAGUGGGGCACUUGACCCAAGUGGUCCCUACUGUUGAGAACUUCAGAGACAAAAGGUUUUAUUUUUGUCUUCCAGGGGGAAUUGAAAUAGCCAAGAUGCCUGAGAAAGUACCGGAGAGGAAAUCUAAAAUCUCAGCCUCCCGCAAGCUCAUGCUGAAGAGCUUGAUGGUUGCCAAGGCCAAGGAGGAGCUGGAGCAGGAGAUGGAAGAAAAAGAGGAACAGAAGGAAAAUUACCUGAAAGACAAAUCUCCUCCAAUACAGACCAGUAGCAUGUCCUUAGCAGAGCUACGGACGUUAUGUGAAGAGCUGCAUGCCAAAAUAGAUGUGGUGGACGAGGAGCGGUAUGACAUUGAAGCCAAAGUCUUGCACAACAACAGAGAGAUCAAAGACCUAAACAUUAAGGUACUGGACCUGCGAGGGAAGUUUAAGAGACCCAACCUCAGAAGGGUGAGGGUCUCUGCUGAUGCCAUCCUGCGCUCCCUACUGGGCUCCAAACACAAGGUGUCUCUGGAUCUGCGAGCUAAUCUUAAAUCAGUCAAGAAGGAGGACACAGAAAAGGAGAAGACGGUGGAGAUGAGUGACUGGAGAAAGAAUGUGGAAGCCAUGUCAGGCAUGGAGGGCCGCAAGAAGAUGUUUGAUGCAGCGAAGGGCCCAAACCAGUAAACAGGUGUUCUUCAAGAAACAGCUGGCUUCCAUCUAAUGUCAAAUACCAUAACUUGUAAACCGCAGAGUGUAGAAGACAAGAACACAAAACAUAAAUGCAUAAACUCUCAAGUACUUCAGAGGGUGGCAAACAAUUUGUUGGUAUUUUAUAUUCACUACACUGUGUGUUUUGUUUUGUUUCAUUGUCACUGAAAUAAACACAGCAUAUACAGUC